AUGGCUUCUGGGUGCUGUGGUACGAAAAAACAAAAACUAAACAAUAAUUCUAGUGUACCAUGCAAUGGGACAGCGGUUAUUCCUAAUGGGAUAAGGAACAAUGGAAUGGUAGCUCAUCCAGAUAUGUGUUUUUAUUGUUUCGACGUUUUGUAUUGUCAUCUACACAGUUUGGAACCACCGAAAUCUCCCGAUUUUUGCAAUGAUCCAUACCCAUUAUUUGUAACUUGGGAAAUAGGUAGGGAUCGAAGGCUAAGGGGCUGCAUUGGAACAUUUAAUGCGAUCAAUCUUCACAGCGGAAUUCGAGAGUAUGCUGUUACCAGUGCUGUGAAGGAUUCCCGCUUCUCUCCAAUAUCCCGAGAGGAAUUGACGAAGCUUCAUGUCUCAGUUUCUAUACUUCGCCAUUUCGAGGAUGGUGCUGACUACACUGACUGGGAAGUUGGUGUACACGGUAUUCGCAUCGAAUUUCACAAUGAAAAAGGAAAUAAACGGACUGCUACAUAUUUGCCUGAAGUUGCUACUGAGCAAGGUUGGGACCAGAUACAGACUAUCGAUUCUCUUUUAAGGAAGGGGGGAUUCCGUGGGGUGGUGACACCUGACAUUCGACGUGGGAUCAAGUUAACCCGUUACACUUCAGAGAAGGUGACUGCUGGCUACGCAGAGUAUGCCACCGCCUGGAGGCGGGGAUCCUAG